CAGCCACUUAACUUCUGGGCCUGACUUGAGAGCUCUUCACAGACGCACCAAUUAGACAGAAUGAGGGUGACGUAACACGCAGUGCGUCCCGAUCACGUGACCAAUGAGGAACUAAACAGCAUUCGACUGACCAGGCAGCGCGACGGAGAAAGGGCCGACUGUCCAAAUGGCUUCUCUGAUUUGCACUUUACAAGACCAUCGAGAUGAUGUCAACUGGUGCGCCUUCUCCGGCAAACUUCUGGCCACGUGUUCUGGGGAUAAAACUGUCAGGAUAUACAACACUUGUGACUUCUCGGAGCUGCCUUUCUCACCUCUGUUGGGACAUGGCUACAGCGUUCACUGCUGCUGCUUCAGCCCCUGUGGACAGUUCCUUGCCUCAUGUUCGACUGAUGCAACCAUACUGGUCUGGUCCAUGGACACAGGUGAGAUCGAUGCUGUCCUGGAACAUCCUGGUCGCAGUCCUGUGAGGAUCUGUGCGCUCUCUCCUGACUCCGCCCACCUGGUCUCUGGUGCGUCUGAUGGCACAUUGGCUCUGUGGGACUUCCCCUCCAAACAGUUGCGCAGGACUGGAGCAGUGAAUGACACGACAAUGGUAGCCUGCUCCUUCAGCCACUGCAGUCAGGUGUUCAUGACCGGCUCCACCUAUGGAGACCUGCGUCUGUGGAGCCUGGACAUGAAGCAGCUCCAUGCGGAGAAAAACGCUCACGACCUGGGGGUCACCUGCUGCACCUUCGCUCCCACCAUCCUCAGCGAUGGCAAAGUCGUGCAGUUUCGUCUGGCAUCAUGUGGCCAAGACAGUCACCUGAAGAUCUGGGCCAUUAACAAGUGCAGCGACGGAGCCUAUAAAAUGCAGCUCCUGCACACAUUAACUGGCCAAUCAGCUCCAGUCCUCUCCUGUGCGUACUCCUUAGAUGGACAGCUGCUUGUGUCUGGCUCUGUGGACAAAACUGUUACAGUCUAUGAUGCUGCAAACGCAGUUUUGCUUUACACACUGAACCAGCACGAGAGGUACGUGACGGCGUGUUCCUUCUGUCCGACUUCACCACUGAUAGCUACAGGAUCUAUGGAUAAGACAGUAAACAUCUGGAGGCUGGAGGACGGAUGCAGCGGCCGUGGAAAAGGCGGGAGGUCGCUUCCUGAGAAGUCUGCACUGACGCCAAGUGAUGGGAGAACCUCAGCGGGCCGAUCGAAGCUGCUGGUCAGCGAUUGGUCGGAGGAGGAUGUGUCGGCGUGGCUGGUGGAGGAAGGCCUCGAGGGAUUGGUGGACAAAUUUGCAGCCAACAACAUAGAUGGGACAGAACUGCUCAGUCUCACCAAGGAAACACUGGCGUCAGAGCUGCACAUAGAGUCAGUUGGCCUGCGGAACAAACUCCUGAGGAAGGUGGAAGAGCUGAAGGGUGAAUCAGUGUGUUCAGGCAUUCCUGAUGAGUUCCUCUGUCCAAUCACCAGAGAGCUGAUGAGGGAACCAGUCAUUGCUGCUGAUGGAUACUCAUAUGAAAGAGAGGCUAUCGAGAGCUGGAUUAACACCAAGAACCGCUCCAGUCCCAUGACCAACCUUCCCUUACUGACCACACUGCUCACCCCUAACCACACCCUGAAGAUGGCGAUUGGCCGGUGGAAGACCAGCCACUAGCACCUGAAGCCACUUUCCUUUUAAGUGGAAACCAGUGCUCACAGUGGUGCCACAGUAUGUCAGGUGCACCGCUGACAGCUGGGGAGCAGAAAGGCAAAACUGCAGCAACAGCUCUAAAUGUACUUUCAGCUCAUAAAGUAAAUAUGGCCGAAAUGUUGGCAGUCAGCUGCCUUUUUAUGCAUCAAGUAGAUGCGGAGCAACAUGCACAUACCCGGUGACGCGUUCCUUUUGGGCCACCUAUAGAAGUUUCAAGUGGCUAUAAUCAAUACUUUAAUGAUAACAAAAAGCAAGUUUGAGGUAAUCUUUGUUGUCCAGCCCCCAUCCACUGUCUUGGUUCACUCUCGCUGCUCUCAUAGGGUCAUUUUCAGCGAAGAAACUCUAAAAACCUGCUGGACACUACACUCCUUUGCUCAGCACCCGACAGCAGACACAGUUCACAACACGUUGGUAAACAUAGUAGAGCAUGGCAAUGUGGUGGGUCAGUGGUUAGCACAGCUGCCUCACAGCAAAGAAAGUUCAGGGACGUGGCUUUCCCCCGUGUGCUCCAGUUAGUCCACCUUCAACAAACAUGUAUGUUAGGUUAAAUCUCCUGUCAGUUCCAUUGACCAAAGCACUUCCUUAGAGCUGAACUUGGUCACUGGACACUGCACAGCGACUGCCCACUGCUUCCAACAUUUGGAUGGGUUAAGUGCAGAGUACUGUAAAUUGGUGUAUAAACUGUAGUCUGCAUGAUUUGACUUAGCAGCCAGAGGCAGCUAUUUCUCAAAGGAGUUGGAGGAGACCACAAAUAGAGAAUGAGCAUUGAACUUACACAAGCAAAAAUAAAUAGGCAACUGUUUGCUAAUAAGUUCACAAUAUCAACUAAAACUGUGCUGACAUGUCAAUGUUAGGCUCACAACUUGUUUCCAUUGUCCCCAAGUGGCCAAAUGAUCAGUUAUGACAGGUUUAAUAUUCACUUGCCUUUAAUCUACUUGGUCAGCUGUACAGAAAUUUUGAUUACUUAAAACAAGUUCACCUUUUCUGGUAAUUUAGUCACCUUUUGCCUUAAACAAGCUUGAUCAUGAAAAAAACUUUCAUGGUCUUUAGUGUUGUGUGUGUUUAUUAUAUAUUACUAAGCUGUGAGAGUCUGAAAGCUAUACAGAGCUACAUACUGGUGUGUUGAUUUGCAGUUGGACCAGCAGUACUAACAACUCCUAGAAAUAUAGCUUAAUGCAGCUGUAGGUGAAAACGUUGGUCGUCUUACUGAAAAACGCUAUUCCCUAAUCUUCUAAUCAGCAUUACAUAUACAGUGAAUAUAUGUGUGUGUGUGUGUGUGUGUGUUUUGUUUCUUUUUUUUGGACUGCCUGAACAUUUCAGGGCCUUUCUUAUUGCAAACAUGAAGGGAAUAGUGCUGUAGAAGCUCACAUGCUCCUCUUAAUGAAAUAGAUGACUUAACUGAAGACAUUUCUGCAAUAUUCAGAAACUGCAAUUUGCACAUAUUUAUACAAGUAGUUUAUUUCCAUGGCUUUGUUAAAUGUCAAAUUAGACAAGUUGUGUUGUAGUGUCAAACGACAAGACCUUUUAUCCACCCAUACACACUCUGAAGCUUAGCCAACAUUUUGUGGGUUAUACUAUCCAAGAAGUAGAUGUAGAAAUGUACUCCUUCCGACUAUGGAAAUAUAGCAAUGUAAGAAGUCUCUUAAAAUUUGUUAUCCUCGAAUGUUGCUCAUGUAAAUGCUCUCUCGGUCUAAAUAAACCAAUAAACACUUCAUAUGAA